CAUUGUGUUGAGUAUUCCUUAACAUUUUUCUAUUCCUUAUGGAGUUAUGGUCUUGUUUCUCUCUAGCUAAAUAGUUACGCUUUGUCAAGGUACCAGCUACCAAAGCAUCAGACAUCAUUUUUCAAUGGCGUUCAAACUUGUCACCCUACUCUUCCUCCUCCACUCUCUGCCACUCAAAUCCUACUGUUCAACCCAACAAUCCUGGAUUAAAGCUGGUUAUUAUUAUUCAGGUAGUGAAACUGUCAUUUCUGAUAUAAACUCUAAGCUCUUUACUCACCUACUAUGUGCUUUUGCUUACAUAAACUCUUCCAACUACCACCUCUCUAUCAACUCCUCCACCGAACAAAAGUUCUCUACUUUCACCAACACUGUAAAGCUCAAGAACCCAUUGGUUACAACGCUUUUGUCCGUAUGGGUUGGCAGAGAAGACUCUCCAAUCUUCUUUUCAAUGAUCAACCAGUCCUCUUUUAGAAAUUCUUUUAUUCAGUCCUCUAUAGAAACAGCAAGGUUUUAUGGGUUUCAUGGCAUAGACCUUUGUGGGGUUCUACCAAGCAAAAUCUCGGACAUGACUAAUUUAGAUACCCUUUUGAACGAGUGGCGAAUUGCUGUGGUUUCUGAGGCAAAAAACUCUAGCAAGUCAGAGUUGCUAUUGGUCAUGUCUGGUUAUUACUUGCCAGCUUUGGAUUCAGUGAGUUACCCAAUUGAGUCCAUGAUGAAAAACUUGGAUUGGGUACAUGUUAAAGCAUAUGACUACUAUGUGCCUAGAAUCGACAAUUUCACAUACACUCAUGCGGCUUUAUAUGACCCAAAGAAUGGGGCUAAUACUGAUAGCGGCAUAAAAGAGUGGAAGAGAAGAGGAUUCUUGCUUAGCAAAUUGGUUUUGGGCUUGCCGUACCAUGGGUAUGCGUGGACACUUUUGGACCCCAACAACAAUGCAAUGGGUGCACCAGCUAUCGGUCCAGCUGUUACAGCCGACGGUUCCAUGGGCUAUAAGUUCAUAAAAUCGUAUCUUAGAAGCUUUCCUUCUGAAGCUGCUCCAGUGUAUAAUGCUACCUAUGUGGUGAAUUUCUGCACAAUUGGGCCGACUUGGAUUAACUAUGACGAUGUGGAGGCUGUUAAAGCUAAAGUUUCUUAUGCAAAGCAGAGCGGGUUACUUGGUUUCAAUGUGUUUCAAGUCGGGAAUGAUGAUAAUUGGGAACUUUCUAGAGCAGCUCAAGGGGAAGAUGAAGAUCAACAUAAUAAGAGUCAUAGAUUGUUAAUAAUUCUGCCUACAGCCGUUGCAGUCGUGCUUCUGCUGAGCAGCAUUAUAUGUUACUUACAGAGCAGAGUCAUCAAGUCAAGAUGCUGUAUAGGUAGUGUCAAAAGAUUAUUAUAUAAAGUCCGAAUUAAAAUAUCAGCUCCUGAAGACCUUAGCAGCAAUGCUUCUAAUCUGCAAGUAUUCAGUUAUUCUGCCAUUAAUGCAGCUACCAAUAACUUUUCAAGUGAGAAUAAGCUUGGCGAAGGUGGAUACGGACCUGUUUACAAGGCCAAGUUACGGAAUGGACAGGAGAUAGCAGUAAAGAGACUUUCAAGAACUUCAAACCAAGGCCUUGAAGAGUUCAAAAAUGAGGUUACACUUACGGCAAGACUGCAACAUGUAAAUCUAGUUAGACUUUUGGGAUAUUGCACUGAGAGAGAAGAAAAUAUGUUGAUCUAUGAAUACAUGCCAAACAGAAGCUUGGAUCUCUACCUCUUUGAUCCACCUAGAUGUUCUCUUUUAGAUUGGAGGAAACGUGUAGACAUCAUUGAAGGUGUUAUUCAGGGCCUUCUAUAUCUCCAAGAAUACUCAAAUUUUAUUAUAGUUCACCGUGAUCUAAAGGCUAGUAACAUUUUACUGGACAAUGAGAUGACUCCUAAGAUAUCAGAUUUUGGGAUAGCUAGAAUUUUCGGAAAGGAUGAACAUGAAGCAAACACAAGUCGGAUUGUUGGAACAUAUGGUUAUGUUCCUCCGGAAUAUGUAAAAAAAGGAAUAUACUCCAUGAAAUACGACGUUUAUAGUUUUGGAGUUAUACUUUUGCAAAUUAUUAGUGGCAAGAGAAAUACACGUUAUUAUGGGACACAUCAUAAUUUGAACCUUUUAGACUAUGCAUAUGAGCUGUGGAAAGAGGGCAGAGGGUUCGAGUUUAUUGAUCCAUCACUGGAUGAUUCUUGUUCUUAUUAUAAACUCCUAAGAUGCAUGCAAGUGGCCCUCUUAUGUGUCCAGGAAAACCCUGUUGAUAGACCAUCCAUGUUAGAGGUUUCUUCAAUGCUCAAGAAUGAAACUGGAGCCAUCAACAAUCCUAAAAAGCCUGCCUUUUCGAUUCAAAGAGAUGAAAAUGAGGAAGAAAAAUGUCCAUUGCAGGAAAAGAUGUGUUCAGUAGAUGAUGCAACAAUUUCUCAGGUAGUACCCCGAUGAGAUUGCUGAUGACUAGAAAUAUUUAAAGUAUGAAAGAAAAUGUAAAGCUUUGAUUUUUCUUAGUUCAUGUUAAUACUUGUGCUAGGAAGCCUCAUCACAAAUUCAUACACCUUAUUGCCUUUAUCUUC